AUGGCGAAGCUCUUGGCUCUGGUGCUUGUCGGUAAGGUCGAAAAGUCAGGGCAAGAGCUUGAGGAUUCCCUGCAGAAAGUUCCGGUCGUCCAGGAUGAUCCGAGCUGGAGAUGCCGGACGUGGACCACCAGCGCCAUGGCUCAGCUGGCCCAGGAUAAUAUUCUGAGCAAAAGUUCCGUCACGGAUUGGGCUGUUAUUGAGACAGAGUGCAGAGCAUAUGCCAGCAAGAAAGAGGUUGAGGGAAGGUACGAGGCUAUCACAACAACGGUGCCAACGUAUGAUCUCAUGGCAAGAAAGGAGAUCGUGCCUUAA